CGAGUGCAUCUCUGAUGCUUGAUUUGGGCUGUUUCAUUUCUGGUAGCGUCCCAACAAGCUGCUGGAGAAGCACGAAUCCAAAUAGGAUUAGGAGCAGCAGACACCGCCGAGCCGCUGAAGAGAUUCGUACCUUCAGUUCAGCCUCGGCCCUCGGUCCCAUCAGACCGGCGCGGGAAGAGAGGGCUCUGUAUGGCCGGCUCCCGGUGCCGUGGAACGGCAGCAUCCAUCAUCACAGCCUGCAAACUUACCGGAUGACAGAGGGACCAGUGCCUCCUCUCGCACCCACACGGUGAGGAGGCGUUCACGGGCUGCAGGAAUUCCAAAUGCUGCAGUGACCCCAAGACUUUGGAAACGAGGACGCUGUUGGGGACUAGUUCAGGGCAGCAUGGGUGGAUGAUGAACAACUGAGAUGUUUGGUUCAGUGAAGAAAGCAUUAACCUGCAGUGUACAUCAGGGUGAACCCUGAAACAAAGAUGCUGUCACAGCAGUAUUGUGGUUAAUAAAUACUAUCAGUUCAUUAAGUGAAUGACAUAAUUGAUCUUUCUAACACCAUGAUGUUGGGAGGCGUCCCCACCUUGUGCCUGAGAACUGCUGUGGUCUAAGAGACAUUUUGGUUCCAGAGCAUCUGGAACACUGUGGUCUGCCAGCACAAUGGAUUACCAUUCCGAGUGCUGUUUCUGUGACCCAGAAGAAGGUCACGGCGGUCUGGAUGACGCACCUCUUCACAGCAUCCACGCACCAAACCGGAUCAGACCAUCUUCAUACCGUGCCCUGAGGAGUGCUGUGUCCAGCCUGGCCCGUAUCGACGACUUUUUCUGUGAGAAGAUUGGUUCAGGCUUCUUCUCUGAGGUCUUCAAGGUGCAGCAUAGGAUCACAGGGCAGGUAAUGGCACUGAAAAUGAACACGCUGGCUAGCAACAAAGCAAACAUGCUACGAGAAGUGCAGCUUAUGAACAGGCUAUGCCAUCCCAACAUUCUCAGGUUUCUUGGGGUUUGUGUGCAUGAAGGUCAACUCCACGCUUUGACUGAGUACAUAAAUGGAGGUAACCUUGAACAGCUGCUGGACAGUGAUUUGUAUCUGUCGUGGGGAGUUAGGAUUGGCCUGUCUCUGGAUAUUGCCCAAGGGCUGCAGUACCUGCACACCAAGGGUAUAUUUCACAGGGACCUUACAUCCAAGAACUGUCUGGUUCGCUGUGAAAAUGGCACCUUUACUGCUGUGGUGGGAGACUUUGGCCUGGCAGAGAAAAUCCCUGAUUACAGUGAUGGUGUGGAAAAACAGCCUCUGGCCAUUGUGGGCUCUCCAUACUGGAUGGCCCCUGAAGUUCUGAGAGGAGAGCUGUACAAUGAGAAGGUGGAUGUGUUUGCAUAUGGCAUUAUCCUGUGUGAGAUCAUUGCCCGGAUUGAAGCUGACCCAGACUUUUUACCCAGGACAGAAGACUUUGGGCUGGAUGUUGAAGCAUUUGAGAACAUGGUUGGGGAUUGCCCACCUGCAUUUUUUAAUCUCGCUGUGACCUGUUGUAAUAUGAAUGCAGAAAGUCGUCCCUCAUUCUCCGACAUAGUCUUUACGUUGGAGACCAUGGAGAGAGAGGAAGAGCGAGAGAAGCCCAUUGCACUUGAGCCCGUGGCAACAGAUGUCAGCCCGUACCGACGCCGAAGCUCUCCCUAUCACCCUGGAGACAACAAUCAGCAGUGGCAAGGCUUAGCAAGGAGCCAGUCGGACAUGAUACCACCAGGAACCCUGACUCCUCCUUUACUUGGGACCCCAGCAAGGGUCAACCCAUUCUCUCUCAGACAAGACCUAAACGGGGGACGGUGUAAACUUUUGGACACUCCCAGCAAGUCCGUCAUCUCUCUGACCUUUACCCUACCAGCACUUCGUGACUUUUGCGCCUCCCCCCAUCUUCUUAAAGGAGUGUCAGGAAUGAGAGUGCCUCCAAGGAGGUGCCAGUCCCUGCCCUGCACCCCAGAGCUCAGCCGGACUGUAGCCCUACCCCAAGACACAGCAGGGAAGGAGGAGAAAAAGGACAAGGAAGAUCGAGUGGCAGUGAUUAAAGAUAAGACACUGGAGGAUGUGAAGGAUGAUAUGAUGAAGAGGACAACCGUUUCCAAGAGAAUAGAGAGACGGUUGUGGGUUGGCGGUGCAGACAUGAGACAUGAGACAAGUGAGAGGAGAGAAGUUUUUGAAAAAGAUGAGGGGAUGGCAGAGGAUUGUGGUCUUCCUGUUGAUCUGGAAAUGGUGUCUCUGGAACGGUUGGAGGAGGAAGAAGAGGAGAGCGUAUGUCUUACAGAACCCAUGGACUGCACCAAAUCUCCCGAAGCAGCAGAGAGUAUCCUGAACUCUACACCCGAAAGACCGCUACUCACCUCUACCUCGUGCAACUCCCUACGGACCAAGAACUGGCGACUUCCCUUCUCCAAUGGACCAGCUGCCUUGCCUCCUCUGCCACGAAUGAACAACAACAAUGGCUCAGGCCUUGUGAUUAGUCAGCAAGUGCAGUGGGGUGGAGGAGGGCGUGCUAAUGAUUAUGGUGGAGCCCUAUCCUCUGACCCUAUGGGUUCCUCUGAGCAGGAUGAGGUCAUUUCCUGUCCAGGCUGCUGCCUAGUAGGCCUGAGUUUGCCCUCGUUGUGCUUCCGAGGUUCAGCUGCUGUACCUGCCCCCCGUCGAAGGGCUUCAUUACCACGGCAGCGGCCCUACCGGAACCUCAACGGAACCAUAACUGGUGGUAGCACUUCAUCGUCAGCAGUAGCAGCCAAACCAUUGCUGUGUCACAGCACAAAUGGGUUAGUAGUGGCAGGGCCCUCAGUGCCACGUGAGCCCGGCCGCUCCCUACCAGAGGCCCAGUCAUAAGCCAUUUGGUUUUGAACUUGUGACAAAGAAGAGAAAAGCAUAAACAAUAAAUGUUGCUGGUACUGAAAGCUCAAUACUGACCCUAGCAGCUGAAAUGCCUUUCACUUCUGUGCAUCUACUGUGACAGUGAAGGAUAUGGUGGCGUGAAGUAAAAGGUGGCCAGAAUUCAGCUUCUUGCUUUACCACUUCAAACGGCGUGUGCUGAGCAUAACUUAUACCGUAAGCACAGUCAGGGUCAACAUCACGUUACUGCCUCUGGAAUGGUGCUCACCCAAACAAAACAGCUAGUCUGACUUACAGUGACUUACAUCUCCACUGAACCAAACACACUCCAUCUACAACUGCCCUGUCUUAAUUUUAUAGGCUGUCAUGUGAAAAAACAAAAUAAGUAUCCUUAUGUUUUAUAACAAUUUCAAUCUUAUUUCUAUAGUUACAGCCAUAAUUUCUAACAUUUAUUAAACAUUGUAAGGACCAAGUUAAUUGCUGAGAUCAAUGAACAGAUAAAGAGCCAUUAUUAUUAUUAUUAUUAUUAUUAUUAUUGUUAUUUAUCCCAUUAUACAGGAAUUAGCUGCAGUUUAAUUGGGGGUGUGGCAGAGAGAGACGGUAUAAAAAUUAGACGGCUACAAACAUUCACAAACAUAUUGGUUUGUGAAUUGCUGUAUUUGAAGCCUCGAGAUGAGUGUUUCCACCUUUCAUUUGCCCACUUGUCAUUUAUAAGUCAUUAGCCAGUGAGGAAGCAGGAAACAUCACAGAUAAUGCUACUUUUUAAAACCUGGUAUAACCAAGAUUUUUUAAAAUAGAUUACAUUUUUUAUUCAGUAUGACCCAAAACAAGUGACUGAGAACUCAACAAGAAAUUGUUUACAGAGGUCAAGAAAGAAAGCUGUUUUACCAUCGACUGCCCUACAGAUAGAUAAUAAUAAUGCCUUGGACUUAUAUAGCGCUUUACUAUUCCAUGCACUGUUCAUUCGCACCUCAAUCAUACUAGGUGGUGGUAAGCUACUAAUGCCCUGGGGGCAGUCUGACAGCGGCAUUGCUGCCAAUUCGCGCCUACGGGCUCUCCGACCACCACCAAAUACCAACCACAUUCACACUUAGGGCUCACAUAAUGUGGGUUAAGUGUCUUGCCCAGGGUAACAAAGACAGCAUGCGCUCAAAUAGGGACUCGAACCAGCAACCCUCUGGUUGCAAGGUGAGCACCCUACCCACACAAGGCCUGCUGUUGUUCAUGGUAGGGCUGUAGGCAUUUCCACAUCAGCUUCAUUUUUCCUACCAGGAAGCUACGUCCAUGUUUUAUAUUAUGUCCUCAUCGAAGAGUGUAUGGAGCUAAAUGGCUAAAAUAUUUAUUUAUAUCUGCUUUUAGACAAAUGCUAGAUAUUUUAGUUUUGUUUUCUCAAAAACAGUAUCAAUAAUAAAUUUUAAUUAAGGGGGAAUCUUACAGGGAGUCUGAAUUUCUAAAUAAAAUUAGCAUGCAUUAGCUAAUUCUGUUUAUGCAGGCUGAUGUAUCACUUAAGAAUUUAUAAAUUGCAUACUCCCUUGAUAGCCCACAUUUUAAAACAUUAACCAGGCACUAUAAAGUGUUGAGAUACAAAAACUGAAACUUCUAUGUGUGUAAUAUGCAGCUGAUAUUGUGGCUUGUUGCCCUGUGAUGUCCCCAAUAAUCUUUGUUGCUUUGAACAUCAUUAAAAUUGCUAGAAGAAUUUACCUUUUUUUUUUUUUUAAGCUCCAGCUCCAGUUUCUGUAGAAGUCUAAAAGAUGUGAUGCUUAUGCUUGCUCCCAAGUGCCUUGCCCGUUUUUUCCCUCCUAUUGCCAACAGUGAGCAAUACUAGUUAACAGUAGCGUUGAAGAAGCUUCUUUCGGCUGCUCCCUUAUUCACAAGGGGUCACCGCAGCAGAUGGCUCUAUUUGAUCUAGCAGAUUUUUACACCCUUUCUGACUGUGGUCUUGAUCUCAAACCAGGAACCUUUCAUGGUUUAGAGAAAUGUAUAAACCACUACCUAUAGAACCAUUAAUUGUGGCUUUUAAAAUCCUUUAAUCAGUAAUGUCAUCCACAACACAAACUCCACAUAAAGACAAAAACACUUAUGCAGCUUCAGAUAGUACUUUGCUAGUGACAUUAGCAAGUAGACAAGCUAAGGUUAAAUAACCAGCUGCUGCACUGGUAUGAAUAUAUUUGUCCAGAUUUUUCCCUGGUUAAUGUUAUCUAAUGUUAGCGUUCCUGCUGACAUGAACAAAUUGCAAACUAGCUCACGUAACAAAAUGCUGUCUAGAUUUGGAUAAAGACGACUAAUACAUCCAAACUCCCCAUUGCUGAUAGUGACUCAGCUGAAGUAACUUAUCAGCUUUAGUUACAGUUAGCUGCAUAUUUGAGUGGAAUACUAGUUGGUUAGUUUGCCAAAUCACUUCACCAAGGUACGUAAUCCAUAAUCCUAAUUUAUUAGUACAGCUAUGGUGCCUGUUUCCUGCAUUGAUUGGCUCUUUACAUCCAUGUCAACUUUGUAUUCAUGAUGCGGAUACUCAGGUAUACAGUAAUACUGGUCUCCCAGCUGUUUUAAAGGUACAUGGCAUGCAGAACUAUAGGGACAAAGGGAAAUCUUUGGUCAGUGGCAACCCUAUUAAAUAUGAUGAUGCAACAGUAGUCCUCAUAUAGCCAGACCUACAUCCCUAGCACUUUGCAGCACUGGAGUAUAAUCAGCUGCAUUAUCAUUCAGUGUAAUGCAAAAAACCCUUGCUUGCAUUACAAACCAGUUACACUCAUCUUGAGCGGCACUAAUCUCUGCAAAGCAGUGUCAGAUGGAAUGUUUUGCUGCACUGUAUGCACAGGGCGAGUUGAGCACUGUUACUAUGGCUUUGUAGAGGUUUACCUUAUAUCGUAUAUAAAAGAUGUGUGAAGCAACUGUAAUGUCAUCCAUUGGUUUGUGGAAUCUGCAUUUUGACAUCUUAAACUGUGGUGUUUUAGCUGCUGCCAUGUUGGUUCUUCGGAGCCCAAAGUGACCAUAUUUGGACAAGAGCAUUGAGUGGUAAGAUAUCAGCUAAUGCUUGCAAACUUUGCUAGAAAGUUGCAUUCAUGAAGUGUAUGGGUGCAGUGCAUAGAUAUGCAUAAUUGCUAAUUAAGAGGCCAAUAAAAUAUUAGAAUUUCAAUCACUAAAACUGGAGUGCAAACUUCUAAAUUUGUACGUUAUUUGUCAGAUAAUUUUAUUAAAAUUGUCACAGUUGAGAGGUCCUGUUCAGUGACUCAGCUGGAGGUGGUAAGGUCUAAUAGACGGAUGCCAACUACAGCUGGUUGUGUCAUCACAUAAUGAAAGCGGCCUUUCCCCUAACAUUAAGCCUUAACAAAAUCCAAACUGGUGAAUUAUAAGGAAAUUCACUCGCUCUACAUUUAUGAAGGUGAAAACCGUCCAUAGAAACCAAAACAUUGUUGGUUUCUGUAAAUGGUUUCCAAACCAUUGUCAAAAAAACAUUUUAAGGUGUGUGGUUGCUGGUUUAGGAGGUUGUUGGGAUUUAAAAUUUUUUUUUUAACAAGCAGAUGAUGUGAUGGAAGAAAUGCAAUCCACUGUUCACAUCCUGUGAGUCAGACUACUGUAAGAGAUUUAAAUGAUGUAUGUAAUUUAAAAAAUAGUCAAAAUUAAGUCAGGAUACUCUUAAACUGUAUUGUAGGGGUUUUUUGGGGGCGGGGGCGUUACUUUUGCGCCUCAUUUUGCUUCUGUGUAUGGAGGAAGUUUUGUUGAGCAUGGCAGCUCUGGCAGCAUCACAGCUGCUGCACUGCACUGCUAUGGAGUGAACACAAACUAAAAGGUGAAUAGGCUUUACUACUCUCAGCAGUGUGGCUGCAGAUACAUCACCACAUUUUUGAAUUUAUUUAACAGCUGCAGGGGGAAUAUUUAUAAAAUUGAUAAAGAUGAUUUAUGUCCUACAUUUUUACAGCAGUAAAACUGUGUUAAUGUGUGUCUAUGUCUGAGGCGUUGAGAUUGGUAUCUGUUGCUAAGGGAUACUUGAAGGAAGAAGCUCUUCCUGGGCUUUUCAUGUAAAUUCUUUAUUUUUGCACUUAUGUGUGGACCACUUUGCAGCAAAACACCAGGCUUUUAUUAGAUGGUGCUUUAUUUAAAUCUGUGCUACUGGGGUGUGUGUUUGUGUGCGUAUGCGUGCGUGCGUGCAUUUGUUUGUGUUUCUUGCUCAACAAACUACCCACCUUUCAUCCUUGGACAUCUAUUUGCCCUCCUGUAUAUUUUACUUAUUUACACAUGCAUUUUGAUUACACUUAAAAAUAUGACGCAGGUAUGGAUAUUUAUUGUACAAAUCAUUUCACACACUGUGUGUGUAUGUGCUUUGGAGCGAAAGGUAGAGUGAUGGAUACUCGCAGGAUAAUCAUUUAUCCCUUAGUUUCUAACUUGAUUUCCAAGUUCUGUUGUGUUAUACAGCUAGAAACCUGUUUUCGAUCAUCUGGUAAUAAACAAAUUUAACUGUG